CUCCAGAACUCCUUUUGGUCGCGCUUAAAUGACGUCAAAGCAGCGCUUUUUGAACGUUACGUCCAUCAUUAGCGGCCUGCUGGUUUUCUUAAAUCGAGCGCCGUAAUUUUUUUGCACCUCAACUUUGGUGUAGGAAUUGUCGUGACAACAUGAAACUAGUCAGGUUUUUGAUGAAACUGAGCCAUGAGACGGUUACCAUCGAGUUGAAAAACGGUACCCAAGUCCACGGCACUAUUACAGGUGUUGACGUGAGCAUGAACACGCACCUGAAAGCAGUGAAAAUGACUUUGAAGAACCGCGAACCGGCGCAACUGGAGUCGCUGAGCAUCCGCGGCAACAACAUCCGCUACUUCAUCCUGCCCGACAGCCUGCCGCUCGACACGCUGCUCGUCGACAUCGAGCCAAAAAUCAAGUCCAAGAAGAGGGAAGCCGUGGUCGGACGAGGUCGGGGCAGAGGGCGUGGACGUGGCAGAGGACGGGGACGAGGCCGCGGGGGUCCUAGGAGAUGAUCAACUCGCUCCUGAAAACAUUUGUCGCCUGCUCUUUUCUGUUUUUGUACAGGAUUCUUUUUUUUUUUUAUUUGUACAUUAAAAUGUUCCUUCAUAAAGAGGGAUUGAGUA